AUUUUCCAUAUUCUGGUCAGCUGAGGAUUCGGUCAGUCAUGUGACUGACAUCUGACAUGACACAAUAGUGUAAUGAAAAGUGUUGUCAUUGUGAAGUUCUUGUGAACAAGUCGGGAUGAUGGGGUUGACGAAAACAAGCGCUUGCAGCGUUGUGUUGCUACUUGUCGUGGCAAUUGAUACAGGGUUCUCGAAUCCCCUAAAAUCUAAAGAAUCCUGGGGAUAUGUUGACGUACGCGAGGGGGCACAUAUGUUCUGGUGGCUUUACUAUGCUGACAGCCCGUCCGCCAGCUACUCCCAGCUGCCUCUCGUGAUGUGGCUGCAGGGAGGCCCGGGAGGAUCAGGCUGUGGCUUCGGGAACUUUGAAGAGAUCGGACCCCUGGACAGAGACCUUGAGCCUAGGAAAAACUCCUGGGUUCAGUACUCCAGUGUAUUGUUCGUAGAUAACCCGGUAGGAACAGGCUUCAGCUACACGGACUCAGACGAGGCCUUCGCUACUGACGUGGCUACGGUCGCCUCCGACAUGCUGGUGCUGCUCAAACAGUUCUUCAACAAGGAGGAACAGUUCCAGAGCGUGCCCUUCUACAUAUUCUCAGAGUCCUAUGGAGGGAAGAUGGCUGCCGCAAUCUCACUGGAACUCACUAAGGCUGUAGAAAAAGGAACCCUGAAGUGUAACUUUGCCGGAGUGGCUCUGGGAGACUCUUGGAUCUCUCCACUGGACUCUGUUAUGACCUGGGGUCCUUAUCUGUACACCACAUCCCUGCUAGAUGACUACGGCCUGCGGGAGGUGAGCAGUGCAGCAGAGGCGGUGAAGCAGGCGGUGGAUCAGGGGCAGUACCUGAAGGCCACAGAGCUCUGGUCUGUCACUGAGAGUGUCGUGGAACAGGUCAGUUAUCUGAAGGCCACAGAGCUCUGGUCUGUCACUGAGAGUGUCGUGGAACAGGUCAGUGGUAUGUCCUCCGUGGCUGGAGAAGGAUUCCUCUCCCUGCUGAUGAGGCAUCACAUUAGCCCCCUCCACCGCCAAUCACUGAGCCAGUUGAUGAACGGGCCAAUCAGGAAGAAGCUGGGAAUCAUCCCUCAGAACGUCACCUGGGGAGGUCAGGCUGAGGCAGUGUUCAGCAGCAUGUCAGGUGACUUCAUGAAGCCAGUGGUGGACGUGGUGGAUCAGCUGUUGGAUGCCGGGGUCAACGUCACCGUCUACAACGGACAGCUGGACCUCAUAGUGGACACCAUGGGUCAGGAGCAAUGGGUGAAGCAGCUGAAGUGGGUGGGGCUCCAGAGUUUCAGCCAAAUGAAAUGGACUGCCCUCGAUGACCCCGCCUUCCCGGGUGUGACCGGCGCCUUCUACAAGACCUACAAGAACUUCUCCUUCUACUGGAUCCUCAAGGCUGGUCACAUGAUCCCCUCGGACCAGGGACCCAUGGCACUGCAGAUGCUGAAGAUGAUCACACAGCAGGACUGACACACACACACUCUCACUUAAUAACACACACGCACACAUAUCGCACACACUAGAGCUGGACGAUAUGGAGACAAAACAAAUCCAUAUUGUGAUAUAUUUCCUUUUUUAUUUUUAUUUGUUGCAAUAUUGUUAAAUCAGUUAUUUUGGGGGGAGGUGUGCUAAAGCCAAAAGCUAAAAGUCCUAAUGUGAUGAAUGGAACUAUAGUGUUUUUAAUGGUUAGUUACUUUACACUAGCGAAGAGCUAAUAAGAGCAUCUUCUGUAAGAUGAGGGAAUGAGAGCGUCUGCUAAAUGACACUUUUUUAAAUGUAAAUUAGUGGCAGGGCUCUAGACGGUGUGUUUCCAGGGCCAGGUAAGACAACUGAGAUGGUAGACUACGAUUCAAAAAGUAAGAUAUUCCCAUGCCACAUAUCCAGGGAAGGAGUGGUUGAUAUGCAACCUGUCAAAAGGAUCCACAAUGGUCACAUUUUAUUUUGGCCUCUUCAGAGAAUUGGCUGACAUCUUUGUGCCUAUUGGCCUGUAGGCGAUAUGAUUCACCACCUGAGGAAGGGCGACAUCAAAACACUAAGAUUACUAACCGUAGACGUGAUAUUGUUGCUAGGUAACCAUGUAGGCUGAUGUCCUACAGGAACUUCCCAGCUCUAGGCCUAGGCUACUUGAUGUAGGUCUUAUUCACUGCGAAUGGCGCGCUCCAUGAGAAGGGUGUAAUUGCGGCUCGCAAUUCUGGGCGUUACUGCAAUAUGGUCAUUCCUUCAUCUGCAGGAACCCCUCUUUUUUAUAGUUCUAUUGGUCCAUUAUUAAGUUAGGACUGUGAUCGAGAGGCGGGGGUGAGCCAGUUCAGUAGGGGGGGCGGUAAAUGAACCAUAACGUUGGAUGCCAACUGCCGAUAAACCCCACCUUCGCCCUGUCGGAUAUUGCUUUCCUGCAGUUCUGUUAACGACGUCGAUGGCAGGUGUUUGGCAGGCUGAAGAGAAGGACACUGUGCUAGCAAGGACUCUGGUACACAAGGCGGGAGGCAGCAGUAACUGGUUGGUUGCUAGCUAGCUAGGACUCCGUUACACAAGGCGGGAGGCAGCGGUAACUGGUUGUUUGCUAGCUAGCUAGGACUCCGUUACACAGAAGGCGGGAAGCAGCGGUAACUGGUUGAUAGCUAGCUAGGACUCCGUUACACAGAAGGCGGGAGGCAGCGGUAACUGGUUGGUAGCUAGCUAGGACUCCGUUACACAAGGCGGGAGGCAGCGGUAACUGGUUGGUAGCUAGCUAGGACUCCGUUACACAAUGCGGGAGGCAGCGGUAACUGGUUGGUUGGUAGCUAGCUAGGACUCCGUUACACAAGGCGGGAGGCAGCGGUAACUGGUUGGUUGGUAGCUAGCUAGGACUCCGUUACACAAGGCGGGAGGCAGCAGUAACUGGUUGGUUGCUAGCUAGCUAGGACACAGAGUUUAGUUCGCCCCUCAUCAAUUUUAUUUCCCUUUUGACCAACAUUUUAAAUCUUCUAGAAUAUCAAGUGACCCUCAAGCAUGAAGAUUAAGACUAACCUACUUCAUGGUGAUUUGUUUGACAAUCAGAUGAAAACCAGUCAUGAUGUUGUGUUCAUGCCACAUUAAAAGGUCAUACAUUUUCACAGUUAAAUGACAUGUCUUUACACACAGGAAGUCCCGUGAAGAAAACAUAUGUGUCUCCUUAUGGAAAUCAAAUGCCAGUUUGACUGAUUCAUCCUGGUGCCAGCCCUGAGGGACAGGCUGAGACUUUUCAUAGCAGGAAACAACAACAAUGCAUAGACUAUUACUGUUGACCAGGUAAUGGUUCUAGAACAAGCCACAGGAACGUUGUGUAGCAAAAUUCCCCCCAAAGAAUGAUUCUAGAACAAUCCACAGGAACGUUGUGUAGCAAAAUUCCCCCCAAAGAAUGGUUCUAGAACAAUCCACAGGAACGUUGUGUAGCAAAAUAACCCAAAAUGUAUGCAAAACAAUUUGGUAUGAGGAAGAUGGUGUCUGUAAUUUUUGGUUUAUCGUCCCAGCUCUAGUACGUGCACGCACACACACACACACACUCUCUGAUGCCAGCUGGAAUGGCUCUCCGUCAGAUAUAAGGCAAUCAGGAAGAAUCACCAAAUAUAACCGACUGCUCAGUCCAGCAUCAUAGAUAGAUUGAUCUCUAUCUCGUACCAUUACUGACGACCAACUGCUCAGUCCCACAUCAUCCAUACUGUACCAUUAUCCACCACAAAAUCUGCUUCCAGACUGGUGCACUAUAUAGGGAAUAGGGUGCCAUUUCAGAUUGUGCACUAUAUAGGGAAUAGGGGGCCAUGUCAGAUUGUGCACUAUAUAGGGAAUAGGGUGCCAUUUCAGAUUGAACACUGAUAUAGUGCACAGCUCGUCUCUUGCAGCAGUAGCUCUGGUCCAGGGUGUUUUUUCCCCGGCUUCGCUCUUCACUAUUGGAAGACUGGUGAGAGAGCAGCUGAAAGACACCCUGCACCAGAGCUACUACAGGGGAUACGGACUGGUACUCAAGAUCUGUUGAUUUAACUGAUUGAUUUUCUUUUGUAAAUUUGAGCGUGAGAACAAUAAAUAAAAGCUUUUUUUUUUUCUAAA